GAUGCAUCUGACUCCGUUCAGGUUCGUCUGGAGAAAGGAGCUCUGCAGCCCUUUAUCGGAAGAGUUGUCCACCCCAAAAGUUCAAACGGUACUUCAGUAGCCGGUUUAUAUUGUAUGGAUUAUGGGCUGUGGAUCUUUUUUCCUCUGCAUAUAUAACAGAGAAAGAGAGAGAGAGAGAGGCAUGGCUGCCAAUUCUACAAGCUCCGUCCCGGGCCUUGCCAGGGUAUCGGACUCCGACUGUUACGCGGAAUACUCUGCUUCUCUCAAAUGUUUAGAUGAUUUUAAUUAUGACAAGAGUAAGUGCCAACAACAGUUUGAUGCUUACAAAGAAUGCAGGAAGAAGGAGAGAGAACAGCGAUUGGAGCGCAACAGGAAGAGGUCAUUCUUCCAAUGAAGUUGGAGAAGCAAACAUUUUGGUGAAGCUGUCUAGUUCCAUAAAACUAUAAUUGGAAACCCUUGUAUAGAAACAAUAAAUAAUAACGAUAAACUCCAUGACCAAUCUCCUGGGAAACCAACGAGUUUGUUUUUUGUUAGCGUGUACACCUCUUUGAAGAGUCUUUAAAGUGUCUGAUUCUAUUUCUAGAUGGGUCUUGUUCUGGUAAAAGGAUAUCAAGCUUCCCUAUCUUGAACUGCUUUCUCUACUACAGAGCAAGGGCUGCGUGCUAUUUGAAUGUACGGAAUCUUGCAGUUUGUUCUUUAAAUUUGGCAUUCUUUUCCA